AAGAGAUCCACCGCUAAACCCCAUCCAGUCGUCUACCCCAGACUUGUCAGGGCUGGACCCAGUUUAACUUCACCAAGUGGGCUGAAUGAGCCAUUUCUUCGCCACUCAUCGUUCACAAUGAAAAUGAAAAAUUCGAAAUGGAACGAAAAAAUCUGGAAAAUAAAACACAAAACAAAAAACCAAGAAUUAUACGGUUCCGCCGAAUUCUCUCCCCUCGCUGGUUCAUACUCAUGACAUCCGCCCACUCAGCCUGCCAUAUCCUCAAAUCGCCAACCAUUCAACUAUUCAACCAGUGCCCAAAGUCUUGAAGUCCUGGCUGGAGCACGCCAUGAUCACUUGAUCCCUCUUCGAAGAGGCCGGCAGUCUCACCCCGGAUGUGGCUGGAAUCAGAUCGAACCGCAUCGAACCGCGGCUGCGAGCCAGGUACCUCUGGUUCGGUGACAGAUGGCGUAGGCGGCAAUUCUUUCGGUCCAAUUGUGCCUUUGAUCCAGCGGGAUAUGCUCACUGCUCGGCUGGCGUCGGUAAGUUGUCUCGUGGUCACGACCACUGCCACAGUAGACAAGAGAGGGGCCACAUCCGAGCCAACCUAAUUCUGGGGGAAAGAGAUGAAGUCAUCCGUGGCGUGUUGUUCGUUCUUACGCACGUGAUUACAUCCAUGACUUGGAGACCGAGACUGC